CACACUCACUCACUCAACCGUCGCCGCUUCUCCAGUCUCCAGUAUCCACCGUCGCCCCAUCUCCAAUCUCCAGAGCGACGUCUCCACCGAAAGCCGCUUGCUCAGAUUAUUGGAGAUAGAAGCUUCUGUUUUUAGUUACCUGGGUUUGCAUUGACUGAAGGAGGAUUUUUGGUUAAGAUUUUACCUAAGAGAUUUGUUUGUGAGAUAUCAUGAAGAUUUCGAAGAUUGAGACUGUGAGUGAUUCCGGUGGGAAAGUCAAUGAGGAAGAGCAUGAUUACAAUAAUGAUUUGAGGUUGGCAAGGCGAUUGAAGAGAAGGCGCAUUGCCUCUGAGAAUUUUAGGCUCACCUGUGGUAGCUAUAAGGCUUCAAAACAAACUAUUAACAGUGAUAUCAAGAACAACAAAAAUAAGGGGUCUGUUGCAGAAGUAGUGCUACUUGAUUCAGAUUAUGAGGGGUUUCUAAAUGAUAUGGCACAGGAGGUUGAUGUAGAUAGUGAUGCUGGGUGUGCAGAUAAUGUUAAUGGUGUAGAUAAGGAUGAUGUUGGUGAGGUUUUAGAUCCUCAUUAUAUGAUAUUCUUAGAGAAUUUAAAAGAAGAUGGGAAAUCAUUCGUGCUUGAACUUGCUCUGGGUAAUGGGACCUCGAUAGUUGUAAGGUAUGAGGAAGAAAAUGAUUCUAGAAAUGGGCUUGGCAUGGAGAAUUUGGAAGACCAUCAAAGUGAACAGAACAUAGAAACUGAAAAUAUUUUGAGGAGUCAGUUGGAUAAAGAAAAUAAUGAAAAACCAAGAGUUUUGAGGAGUAACUUGGCGAGACAAAUGACUGAAAGCCAGGGAACAGUUUUGAGGAGCAAUUCAAGGUGGAGAAAGACUGAGAGUAGGAGACAAAAUUUGAGGGGCACAUCUGGGAGAGAAGCUAAUGGGAGUUCUAGUAUAUUGAAUGAUGUUGUAGAGAGAGAAAAGACCCAGAGCUCAAGAACUCUGAGGAGUAAUCCUAGGAGAGAAGAUAAUGGAAAUGUGAGCAUUUUGAAUGUUGUGAAGAAAGAAAAGACUGAGAGUCCAAGAACUUUGAGGAAUAAUUUAAGGAGAGAAAAUAAUAAGACUCGAACUAUAUUGCAUGGUGUUGUUAAGAGAGAAAAGGUUGAGAACUCAAGACCUAGGAGAAAUGUUUCAAGGGGCGAAGAUAGGAAAACACAAAAUGGAUUAAGAGAUGUUGAGACAAUAGAUAAAAAGAGUCUAAUGGCUAUGGAGAAUGUUAAAACAGAAGCCAAAGGUCAUGUUUCUUGCUCAGCAAAUGAUUUUUCAGGCAAGAGAUGUAGGUCCAAUUUUGUGGACAAAAGCUAUCUACAGUUUGCAAAUUCUUUAAUGAAAGAUGGUCAAAAUUUUCUAUGUACACCUGAAGGUGGUAACAAAAUGGCAAAGGAUGGGGAUGAGGGCAGUUCUUCUGACUCAGAAGUAAUUAUUUUGGACAAUGAUCCAAUUUUAAAUGGAAAGUCUACUCCAUUUGAAUCUUCAAAGUUUUGUGCUCCUUGUGUUGUUAUAGAUGAUGAGGGAAUCAUGGAAUGUCAUGGAAGCAAGCAAUCUCAAUUUAGAGAGACACUUAUGGCAAAGCUUCAAAUGCCUUUUGACAAUAAAGAAUGUGAUGCUCUUUUUCGAGAUGCAUCUCAGCGAAAGCCAAAGCAGGGAGCAAGAGAAUUGCGUGGACGGACAGUAGUAUUUCCAGCUGAUUCUGAUAUGCCAUCAUAUCUUGAGCUGCACGAUAGUCUGGCAAAAAAGGUAAAUCAGGCUGGACGUGAUCGACGUAAAAUUUUGAAUCUCUUACGUGGAUUCUUCUAUUGGUUGAAGAAUUUGUCUAAGGAAGGAGCAUUUUUACCUUGGAUGGACUCACAAUGUCUAAGCACCUUGCCACCAGUUUAACUCGGAGUCUCCCCCUCUAAUUGAGAAUGCAAUAGCUUGAUAUCGCAAAGAAAAACGUCCACUGGGGAAAUUUUGCAGUUUGAUGUAAAGACCUAGCAUGUAAAAAUUUUGGCAACUUGAAAAAGAUGUAUAACAAGUAGGCCGGAAUUCAGAAUGUUUUGUACAGGAUAUGUCACAAGCCAUCAAGAGAAACUCUUAUGAAAUGUUUUGAAACGUAAUUUCUCGUCUGGAUUUCGUUGUUGAACAUAAUUUGUGGCUUACCAAAGCGAAAGCUCCAUUGCAUCCGUGCUGUUUU